ACUCAUUCAUUCACGAGUAGCACGCAGUUUCAGACAGUCGCAAAAGUUUGUUCCUUCGAAGUGCAUCCUCUUCCCAGCAGAAGAGACAGCCAGGAGAAGAAAUAGAAAAUGUCACCUACAGUGUGUCGUUGAAAAAAGUUCAUGAUAAUCCGAAAAUGUAAAAUCAACGCCCACGAACGCCAGCUGAUUAAUGUAUCUCGCGAGCAAACGGUUGGACGUGAAACUGUUCCUAUGGGGCCUGUUUCUGCUGCAGAUUUUCCUGAUAUCGGUCUUCCUGGCGUUCGGGUCCCUGCUGGCCAGCAGCACCAUCCAGCAGGAUGACCAAUCGUCAUCGGGGGCGGCCCAGAACCGAUCCCGGCCCGGAUUCGGCGUUAAGUUCGUCAACAAUCAGAGCUCUUCCAUACUUGCAUCGUUGUUGCAAACGGAACCCAUCGAGGGCGAACGGCAGAAGGUGGACGGCGGACGUAUCCGGCACCCACGGUUCCGGCCGCUUCAGCUGAAGACCAUCGCCAAGCCGGACGAUUACACCAAAUACUAUAGGCCCAUUCACUACCACGACGGCUACCGAGAGCACACCCGGCUGUGCUUCAUCGAGGGAACCCACUUCCCGGCCAGCAGUCGGAAACCAAAACGGAAAUCAUCGCCCACGGAACCCGUGGGACACCCCAUCAUCACCAAUGAGACUGACUUCGAAGCAGGAGAGUUAGAUGUAGUAGUAGCGAUAGCAGCAGAGCAAGACGAAGACGAGAACGAGAUAAGCAAUGAUAUACUGCCGGACGGACGCUGCCGGUGCCGGCCGGAGUGGCACGGUCCGGAUUGCGGCUUGCCGGAAGUGCUGUGGCGAGCGUUCAUCGCCUCGCGGAUCCCACCGAGGAAUCAAACGGCCACUCCCCGCCGGGUGCCGAAGAAUGUUUUUUACAUCAUCGAGGCCAACUUUAUCAGCGUGGAGCUGCUGGAGAUCCAGAUCAUGGAACUGCUGGACGUGGUGAGCUUGUUUGUGCUGUGCGAUCGGCAAUUGCCCGUUGCCGAUGGAGUGAAGAAUGAGACCUAUACGAUAGGACCGCAUGUGAUGAGUACUGAGUUUUUGAAGGGGAAUUUGGAUAAGAUUCUCUUGUUGGAGGAUCCGACGUGUAGCGGAAGGAAUGUCUUUCGGAAGAUGAAGAAGUUCAUCCGGAAAAGUGAUAUGCACGUGGAAGAUGUGCUGUUGUACAGCCAAACGGAUGAGAUUUUAAAUCGCAGGGCCGUCAACUACUUCCGGUGGUACGAUAACUGGCCGCAUCCGGUGCGAUUCCGACUGAAGUACACCGUGUUUGGGUUCUUCUGGCAGCAUCCGGCCAGCACCUGGAUCGGAGGUGCCGCCUGUCAAUUAAGUACCGUGGAUGAAGCUUUUCGAUCCGACCCGGAGGGCCUGCUGAGGAUCGAAAAGCCGGUGAUGCUAAUUGGUGAUCUGAAUCAUUAUGGCGGUUGGUACUGCCGACACUGCUACCAACUGAUAGAUAUAGUGAAAUAUUUAGAAUUUAUAACUUUAGUCAAUACUACUAGUAGAGCCAACCAAUCGUCGUCGUAUCUCCCGGACCCGAAGAAGGGCACUGUAAUGAAUGUAGAGUACAUUCAGAAUCUCAUAGCCAGCGGGAAGUACUUCGACGACAAAAUCGUUCUCACCAAACUGCAGCGCCACGUGGACAAGUAUUACGCUCCGGAGUACGUGCGCAAAAAUAGCUGGCGAUUCGAUAACAUCGUCAUCAAUCUUUUUGCCCGCUGGGAGGACAGCGUCAUCGAUGACGAAUACUUUAGUUAGGGUGUCAUAUUUAGAAUCAUCUCAACUGAAGCAUGGAAUUCGGCUCUGUAAAGCUGUACAUGGUGAGUGAGCCUUUAAGGUUGAAGAAUUCGUCAUUGACACAAUCGUCAUCAUUGAAAAUUCGAAAGCAGUUUUCUCGUUCAAAGCUGAAAAUUCCGCAGUGAAAAUGUAUUCACUACAUUGCGGAUGCAGAAUGGAGUACAGUGAACACAUUUUCAAUGUAAAAAUUCAUGUUUUGAGCGAGAAAACUGCUUUUGAAUUUUCAAUGAUGACGAUUAUCUCAAUGACGAAUCCUUCAACCUUAAAUGAACGAACUGAAAAAUAAAACAUCUCAUCUCAAACAAUGCAGUAUCAUCAUAAACAAAAAAAAACAUAAUCAACACAGCAAUCAAUCGAUAUUCUUCCUAUCAUAAUCAGCCAAAGUUUGGAAAUAGCCAAUUUAGAAAUUGUGGAACGGAAAUUCAACAGCCAAAAUUACUUACUCAACCAAUCCUCUCAUCUCAUCGUACCAUCACUUACUAUCAUCCAAAACUCAUCCCAGUUGACUCAAAAAAAAAAGCGAGCUUGCAAUAUGGAAUGCAUGUGUUUAAGUGCGAUAAAAACGAUAUCAAAAAGUCAACAUUUGAACGAAAACUUAUGCGUUACUAACAACUGUUUCUGAGCUUGUUUCAAUACCCGAAGAAGUUUGAAAAGAGCAGUCAUUAGGAACGCAAAGGUUUCAAAACCCCGAAUAUGAACCACUAGAUAGCUACCCAGAACAAAAUUUUGCCUGAACAGAAACAGAACCAUUAUCAGAUCUGAUUUUGCGAGUUAAAUAUAAUCGGAACUUAUUUUUAGGUGAUUAAAAAUUAUUGAAAAAAAAGUACGAAGAAAACGACUAUUUUCGAUUAGAAUUCCUACGUAACACCAUAUGAUAGCAACUUUAUUAGUGAUGAUGAUAGAAUUACUUUGAAACAGCACAUGGAGCGGAUCGAGGGGGGGGGAUGUGAAUGAGAAAAAAUAACGGAACGGAUCAUAUAAGAAGCCAAUCCAACAACAACGUCGAUGACACCUAAGUAUGUAUACCUGAUAAAUUGUAUAGUUACUAUUAACACACACCAUUGAUUCUCGAUUGAAUUAGAAAACGAAUUAGACUAAAUUUUGAAACGGGGCUAUUGUUUCGACCUUAUUCUCGGAAAUAUUUAUAUAAGUAUCGUAUAUAUGUACGCGCAUUUUGUGAUUAAUUUGCUUCCUUCGUAGUUUUUUAAUUUCGAAUAAACAUAGGUAUGUGUUAUGUUGGUUCUUUCAGGAAA